GUUGCCGCCGCCGCUGGGGUACAGGAGCGAUCGCGCUGGGCCGCGCUCCCGGGAGCCCAGGGCCUGCAGCGGCCGGGGCGCCCCGAGGUCUGCUGACUGUGUUUUUCAGGAAAAAGGAAGGGAAAAGAGAGAUCUAACCACAUGGAUUGGAGAAAAAUCUGAAUUUUAGACUCAAAACUAUGUUGUUUCUAUUACCACAAAUUGUGCUGCAUCUUCUCUUUCUUCAAAAAAUUUUGGACAGCAAUUUUACACUAAGUAAGAAGUACAAGGAAAGGCUAUCAGUAACAACUGACCUACCACAAAGUUAGAAGAAAAGGAUUGAUUCAAGAAAGGACUAUAAUAUGGAUUUAGAGCUCGAUGAAUAUUAUAACAAGACACUUGCCACAGAGAAUAAUACUGCUGCCACUCGGAAUUCUGAUUUCCCAGUCUGGGAUGACUAUAAAAGCAGUGUAGAUGACUUACAGUAUUUUCUGAUUGGGCUCUAUACAUUUGUAAGUCUUCUUGGCUUUAUGGGGAAUUUACUUAUUUUAAUGGCUCUCAUGAAAAAGCGUAAUCAGAAGACUACGGUAAACUUCCUCAUAGGAAAUCUGGCCUUUUCUGAUAUCUUGGUUGUGCUGUUUUGCUCACCUUUCACACUGACAUCUGUCUUGCUGGAUCAGUGGAUGUUUGGCAAAGUCAUGUGCCAUAUUAUGCCUUUUCUGCAAUGUGUGUCAGUUUUGGUUUCAACUUUAAUUUUAAUAUCAAUUGCCAUUGUCAGGUAUCAUAUGAUAAAACAUCCCAUCUCUAAUAAUUUAACAGCAAACCAUGGCUACUUUCUGAUAGCUACUGUCUGGACACUAGGUUUUGCCAUCUGUUCUCCCCUUCCAGUGUUUCACAGUCUUGUGGAACUUCAAGAAACAUUUGGUUCAGCGUUGCUGAGCAGCAGGUAUUUAUGUGUUGAGUCAUGGCCAUCUGAUUCAUACAGAAUUGCCUUUACUAUCUCUUUAUUGCUAGUUCAGUAUAUUCUGCCCUUAGUUUGUCUUACUGUAAGUCAUACAAGUGUCUGCAGAAGCAUAAGCUGUGGAUUGUCCAACAAAGAAAACAGACUUGAAGAAAAUGAGAUGAUCAACUUAACUCUUCAUCCAUCCAGAAAGAUUGGGCCUCAGGUGAAACUCUCUGGCAGCCAUAAAUGGAGUUAUUCAUUCAUCAAAAAACACAGAAGGAGAUAUAGCAAGAAGACAGCAUGUGUGUUACCCGCUCCAGAAAGACCUUCUCAAGAGAACCACUCCAGAAUACUUCCAGAAAACUUUGGCUCUGUAAGAAGUCAGCUCUCUUCAUCCAGUAAGUUCAUACCAGGGGUCCCCACUUGCUUUGAAAUAAAACCUGAAGAAAAUUCAGAUGUUCAUGAACUGAGAGUAAAACGUUCUGUUACAAGAAUAAAAAAGAGAUCUCGAAGUGUUUUCUACAGGCUGACCAUACUGAUAUUAGUAUUUGCUGUUAGUUGGAUGCCACUACACCUUUUCCAUGUGGUAACUGAUUUUAAUGACAAUCUUAUUUCAAAUAGGCAUUUCAAGUUGGUGUAUUGCAUUUGUCAUUUGUUGGGCAUGAUGUCCUGUUGUCUUAAUCCAAUUCUGUAUGGAUUUCUUAAUAAUGGGAUUAAAGCUGAUUUAAUGUCCCUUAUACACUGUCUUCAUAUGUAAUAAUUCUCACUGUUUACCAAGGAAAGAUCAAAUGUGGGGUCAUAUAAAAUAUAUUUAUGAUAACUAUUUAUGUAUGAUAAAUAGAAAUUUUGUUAACAUAAAAUUUAAUUUAUGUGAAAGAUUUCUGGAUUUGAAUGUCAGUUCAUAAUAUAUGGAAGAUAAUUUUAUGUGUUAUAGUAGGAUUAAUUUAUUUAGUUGUGUAGUCAGUGUCAAUCCAAUCUGUAAUUUCAUUUUAGAAAGUUGUAUUACCUUCCGCUUCCAUGUUGUCUUAUAAACAAAUGAAUUGUAUUUUUUGUUGAAACUAAAAGUUAUGUGUAACCAACUCAGUACUUUUGUCCAAAAAUAUAAUAAGAAAAAAUUUUUCUUGAGGAACUUUUAAUUUCAAACUUGAAGAAUAUCUACCAGCUAUCUAUAUUCAUUUCUACUCCACAGGCUUCUUAAUGUUCAGUUUGUGAAGUACAGAAAAAAUUUAAUAUGCCUAGAAAAUCAUAACUAAAUGACAACUCUAUGCCCAAAUUAUGAUUAUAAUCUUCAACAUUAAGUACGGUUUUGAAAGUCCUGUAGGAAAAUGCUAUUGCCUAUUGAGAAUUGGUCAAAUUGUCAAUUUAACUCCACUGUCCUAGUAAUACACGAGUAAUUUACCACAUAAAGAAUUUUAAAUCCUUUCCAGACGCAUUAUACAACAUUAAACACUACCAAUAAAGUUGUUUUCAUAUACAUCUUUUCUAUUCUAAAAUGUGAAGUCUAAAUGGUAUCUGUAUUUCCAAUUAUUAAAUAAUUUU